AUGGUGUGCAUCCCCUGCAUUGUCAUCCCUGUUCUGUUGUGGGUCUACAAAAGGUUCCUGGAGCCCAUCCUCUAUCCUUUUAUCUCACCCUUCAUCAAUACAUUCUGGACCAAAAAAGCAGUGCAAGAGUCUGGCACCGGCGACCCAUCCAUGGGUGACAAGUGUAACGUGACACCCAAGGAGACCAAGCACAAUGGAGAAGUAACAGCAAAUGGAUCUGCUGUGUCUGGCGAUAAGAAAACCGACUGA